UAUAAAAGAUACACAACAACCAAAACCAUCGACUGAUAGGAAUUCACCAUUUAAUUUCCUGAAAGAGAGAAAGAAACUUGAAGCUGAACGACUCGAACGGGUAGAUCGUCAUAAGCGUGUAAAGCUUGAAAGUGGCGCUCAGAAUAAACCUAGUAGGAUGAUUACAAAUGAAACGCCAGGAAAGUACACAGACGGCGUUGUGAAACAAACUAUCAACGUCCUUAGUGAAAAGAAUGAAGGUGUAUGCAGUAUUGAGGAGUGUUUUGGACCUAAAGAUAAACUCAAAUUGGUUAUUAUAUCAAGCUUCGUCAGGAUGGAUGAAUUCAUGGUACCGUUAAUGGGAAACGCUAAAGUUGUUUGCGCACAACCACAGAAACUAGGUGAACAAGUCGAUAGCAGGUAGAGUAUUCACUAUAAUCUCGUCUUAGAUUAAAGAUAAGAUCAGAAAUUGGUUCAUGCACGAUGUAUUUGCACACGGAACGUAUCACGCAAAGUUUGCUCUUAUCUUCACAACAGAUGGAUGGCUGAGAGUCGUCGUUACGACUGCCAACUUUAUCCCAAUUGAUUGGAUGUGGAAUGAAAACACUGUCUUUAUGCAAGAUUUCCCCCUAAAAGGACAAACAUUAGGUGGAGAAUCUAGCGAACAAAAAUCAGCUUUCCAGUCAGAUUGGACUUGGUUUCUCUACAAGCUGAAGUUGAACAAAUCUCUAAAGCUAGUAGCAGAUCAAAUGCCCGAUACCCCAUUGCCAAAUGUAGACGCAGUAAACAAAUGGGACUUUUCUAGAUCAAAAGCACGUCUAAUCAGCAGCAUAAGCGAGACAUACAGUGGUCUCGAGAAUAUAAGGAAGGUAGGACACUUCCGUUUAGCGGAUUUGGUUAGACAGGCAGGAUGUGGUAUUGAUAAUAACGGCGAUCUUAUGACCAAACGUGGUGAUUCAACAAAGCAUGAAUGGUACGUCGAUAUUGAGUGUCAAGGAAGCUCUCUUGGAGCAUACAAGCCAGCCUGGGGUAAUGAGUUUUAUAAUUCUGCUUGUGGACGUUUCAACCUUCUUCCUGGAUUAGAAGACGAUGCAAAAGCUUUAAAGGGAAAGAGAAAAAGCAGCAAUAAUGAAUGGCCACCUAUUAAGAUUCUAUAUCCAACGAAAAACAUGGCAUUGAACAAUCGUGGAUCAAUAUCUCUGGGUGGUAAUUUCUUCAUGGAUAAUCAGAAAUGGUCAAACAAAGACUUUCCUCGUGACGCAAUGUACAGGAACCCAAGCAAGCGAGGCGCCAUAUUCACGCAUGCCAAGUCUAUCUGCGGUAUACUGAAGCAUAAGCACAUGAUCUCUAAGAGCAAGAUUGCUGGGAAGAGUAAGAAAACUGAAAAUGGUGAGAAGGUUACAUUCACAUCAGACGAAGAGAGUGACUUGAGCGCAACGGAAUCUGAGCCAGAAGAUAAAGGUACUGAAAAUAAUGUAGCUGGUGGCUGGGUAUACAUCGGUUCACAUAACUUUACGCCAUCUGCGUGGGGGAGAUUGACGAAAGCAGGCAAAUUAAACAUAUCUAAUUGUGAACUUGGUGUUUUUCUUCCUCUUUAUGGUGAUGACAAGGUAUCAAAUGCCCUGGCUGAUGAAUACGUCACCUACUCCCGCCCUGUUGUCAAAUACGAUGACGAAGAUAUACCAUGGCUACGUGAGGACUAUGAAUUAGAACUGAGGAAGGGUGUCUAAUUGAAGUACAACAUUGACUCGGAUAAACAAAGAACUCAUCAGGACAUCGAAACUUAAGGCUAACUUAUAUUAGCAUUGUCUGCCUAUUUAUAUGUAUGUAUAACAUCCGUGUAUGC